CAAUGAACACAAAUAGAGGCGUUGGCUCGAGAAGACUUGGCGUUGACUACUUUCAAAGUAACCUAACUGGGCAAGCAUUUGCUCAUCAAAGAAGAAAGUCUACCAUUGUACCUGAUAUGUUUCUUAUGAAAUCAAUCAAAACAAUGAUUAGAAAUAUGCGCAAAAGGAAGAAAUCAGCCGACGUUGAGGUGCCGGUCGUGAAGAAUCCUUAUCUGGAGAAGAUAAGAUGUCAAUCAGUAGGACACCCCCUUGACACAAUUCCUGAGUUUUGAAGGUUAGAUAUGGUCACUAAGAAAGGCAAAAGCUUCCUCCCAGAUAUCAAGAUAAAGGGUAAAAAUGAAUUACUAAAUGAAAGAGUAAUGAAAGAAUUCUUUGAGAAGGUCUUUCAUAAUGAUUCAGUCAAUUUUCUUCAUAAUCAAAUCAAAGAUUUAAAUAAAAAGAAAGACGAAAAGCUACAAAAUGUAGAGAUGGCAAUGACCUUAAAGCCAGAUAUGAAUAAGUCUGAUCUCAUGAGAGCUAACAGCAUCAGAAAGUAUAAAUAAAGAAAUUAAGAGGUUAUCUAAGAUUGUCGAGGAACUAGAAGGUAAAAAUCCUUUCAAAGAUGGAGAAUUUGCAAACCUCAUUUCGUCAAUCCACCACCAAGAAUUUUUUAAGACAGAUUUCAAGCUUGGGUCUAUUGACUCAGAGCUUGAAAAUUUAACUAAUAAACAGAAGAUCCACCUCUUGGAUCGUGUAAUAGAGAGGUUUGAUGAGGUAGACUUAGAAAAACAGAAACAAUUCAUUUGUGAUAAUCGAACAAUAAACAAGGUUUAUAUAUCAAAAGAUAGUUUAAAUCAAAAGCCUGUUAAAGAGAGGAUUUCUCCAAACAAGCAUUUCUUCAUGAAGAGAAGGCAGAGACUCACCAAUAUCAAAAUUGAACAGUUGGAUGAUGUGUCAGAAUCAGAGGAUAUUGAAUCUAAAGAGUUUGAUUUCUCUCCAGCCGCAAGCAUUAUGUCGACACAAUUCAAAAAUAGCAAGGUACAAAUUAGUAAAAGAAUGAAGAGCAAAGCAAUCUAUAUAAAGAAGACAGUUAUACAAAAAGAGAAGGAAAGAUUCAAGCCAUAUGAGGUGAAUAAACUCAAUAGUAAAAUUAAAGAUAUAGUAUUUAAGCAUUAA